AGAGAGAGAGAGAGGUUUCAGCCCUGGAUUCGAGAGGAGACUAAUUUACGAGUCUUGUUUUGCCUUUCAGGAAAAGGGAAGAUAAGAGGGGGGAGGGUGGUUGGUGAAGGAGAAUGCAGCAAUCACAUUUUUAAGCAUGCAGAAGCGGGCCGUUUCCGGUUCCUAGGCUGCUGUGUCCCCCCCAUCCGACGCCAGCAGCCGUAUGGGGAAAGCAGCGGCAGACACAGAUGGCAUGGACACUUCCACAAGGUCUGCCGCUCUGCCCUGCCUGCUCUGCCGGAGCCCGUUCGCCGCCGUCUCUCUCUUCCAGCUCGCUCCGCCGCCCAGCAGCACUGCAGCACAGCACAGGCUGACGGCAUGAGGCUUGAUCCAGUGCAUUUCUCCAUGCUGGUCAUCGGGGUCUCCUUCGCCUGUUACGCCCCGAGUCUCAACUCCCUCCAGGACCAGGCGUACAGAUCAGCCGUGGUCAUCGAGGGCGAGGUGCGCUCCUCCCCGGAGAACGUCUCCUCCCGGGAGCCCUACAGCGUGAAUGUCAAGGUGCUGGAUGUGUGGCCCGUCAACAGCGGCGGCCUCGAGAGGGAGCAGCUCGUGACCGUCGGGGACUUCGGUUCCGAGGCCCCGUGCACCACGGUGGAGAAGGACCACAGAUAUAUCUUUUUCAUGGACCCCACCGCCGAGCCCUUGGUAUUCAAGGCAUCGUACGCCCCCGUGGACGCCAGCGAGCCGGAGUCGAAGAAGGAUGUUGAGAGAGUGUUGUGCGAGGACUGCGCCUCUGCUCCUAAGUUGCGGAUGAUUAGCAGCCAAUCUCUGAUGGAAGGGAAGAAGCUGUACUUGAAGUGUGAGGCGUCGGGGAAUCCCAGCCCUUCCUUCCGCUGGUACAAAGAUGGACACGAGCUUCAGAAAGGCAGAGACCUCAAAAUAAAAACCAACAAAAAAAACUCAAAGGUGCAGAUCAGUCGUGUCCGUGUGGAAGAUUCUGGCAACUACACUUGUGUGGCUGAAAACUCAGUAGGACAAGAAAACGCCACGAGUAUAAUCAGCGUGCAGAUCUUGACCACCACAACCCUGUCUCCAGGUGUGAGUCAUGCGCGGCACUGCAAUGACUCUGAGAAGUCCUACUGCGUCAACGGAGGAGACUGUUACUUCAUACAUGGUAUUAACCAGCUGUCCUGCAAGUGUCCCAAUGACUAUACGGGGGACCGCUGUCAAAACUCCGUCAUGGCCAAUUUCUACAAGCUUCUCAGAAUUGAAUUUAUGGAGGCUGAGGAGCUCUACCAGAGGCGGGUGCUGACGAUCACAGGCAUCUGUGUGGCGUUGUUAGUGGUUGGCAUCGUUUGUGUGGUGGCCUACUGCAAAACAAAGAAGCAGAGGAAGAAGAUGCAGAGUCACCUACACCAAAACCAGAAUCAGUGUGUGGAGCAGCCAAACCGCAUGUUGGCUAAUGGGCCAAAUCAUCCUGGCCCUGGUCCUGAGGAGAUCCCCAUGGUUGACUACAUCUCCAAGAGCGUCCCUACGACCGAGUGCGUGAUCAGCCACGGAGCCGAGGGUGCAGGCAACUAUGCAGGCAGUCGAAUGUCGACCCGCUCCCACCACUCUACCACUGCCUCACAUGCCUCCAGACACGAGGAGCACACGUGGAGCAUGGAGCGAACAGAGAGUAUGAACUCAGACUGCCAGUCAGGUGGGCUCUCCAGCUCUGUGGGAACCAGUAAGUGCAGCAGCCCAGCAUGCAUGGCGAGGAGGGCCGCCCACUGGGGCUGUACGGAUGCGUCGGGACCGGGAAUGCAGUACGGGGACUCCUACGAUUCUCUAAGAGACUCACCUCACAGUGACAGGUAUGUGUCUGCACUGACCACGCCAGCACGCCUGUCUCCAGUGGAGUUCCACUACCCCCCGCUGCCUCCCCAGGUUCCCACUUUUCAGAUCACCUCGCCCAACACAAGCCACGCCCUCUCCCUUCCACCUGCUGCUGCCGCCUACCACAGAGACGAUGACCAACCGCUGUUACGGUGCCCCGAUGAUGGAAGUUUAUACAGGCAGCCCCGACGUCCUCGACGACCCUACCUGACAGAGAGCACAGGAAGUCUACCGUCCAGCCCCUACCGGCUCCCUGAUGACGAGGCUUAUGAGACGACACAGGAGUACGCCUCUUCACGGGAACCCAUCAGAAGCCGGCGUCGCCCGCGACGCAACCGACUCAACGGACAUAUCUCACAGCGCUCGGCGGGUUUACGGGACUAUAGCUCACAGAGCUUCAGCCAGUCAGAAGAGGAGGAAGAGGACGAGGAGGAAGAGGACGCUCACGGGGAGAGCACGCCUUUCCUCAGUAUGCAGAACAUGAACAUGGACCCGCCUCUAAAUGUCCCGGGUUUCCGUUCGUCAUCCGGUGCAGACACACGGACUCACCGCGGGCUGAGUCGGCCAGGGACGCGCAGCAACGGGCAGAGCCGCGGCUCCCAGUCGCAGCGCUCCAAGGCUGACAACAUGCCCCUUUAAGACUUAACCUCCCUCCGACGCCCACCAUUACACCCCCGCCACCUCCCGCCCUCUCCACCUCACACACUCCCCUUCCUCAUACACACAACCCGUGGACUAGAGACCUGCACCUAGGAGAAAUAUUUUUAUUUUGUAUAACAGACAGAUAUUCUAAACAAAUGAAAUAUUUAUUUUCAUUUCAGCAAAAAUUGUCUACUAGCUAACAGCAAAGACUUUUUUUAUAAUGGGGGGAGGGGAUAUUUAUAUGUAAAGUUUUUUGAUUUACAGCAUUAUGAGAGAUGAAAAAAAUAAGAGAAUUACGUGCCAAUUUUUUCACAAGUUAGAUAAAUAGAAUAAUAUUGUGGUGCCUUUUGCUGUAUGCUGAAGUCGGAGGUCCCAUUGAGUUUUUGUAGCCUUUCUUAUAAAGACUCCUCGUUUUUAUAGAGACCAACCCUCUUCCUUCCUUUUGCUUUGGUUUGUUUCUCUGAUUUGGGAUCUUCCUCUUUUUGAACUGUGAUCUGAUUAUGUCAUCAUGCAAUAUUGAUUCCUCCUGUGUAAAAGGUGUCUGUUUACAUGAGUAUGACCCACGCGAUGCGCUCGUUUCACAGGGACAUUUAGUCACUGACGCAACCAAGAUGUGUAGGGUAGUUUCCUCGGAUGAACACACAUCGGUCAUUUAUGUCCUCGUUCGCUGCCUGUCAGUCAUUUCUUGUUAUUUCUGUAAAAGCAGGAACGUUGGGGAGUUGUCGAGGGAAAGUGACUCCAGAUUCCUCGUGUAGGUAUUCAGGGUGCUGCCAUGACAUUGGUGGUGGUUGUAGUGUGCGUGUACUGUAUGUGUGUGUCUGUGCGUGCGUGCCUGUAUCCAUUCUGCACGCCUCAUGAAGCCUCAUUCGGUUGGCGCCUCUGUUCACCUUGGAGGGUGUGAUCUCUGUUGUUUGACUGUCACGCUCCUCUCCACCGAUCCUCACGCUGCCAGAAGCUCCAUUGCACUGUAAGAACCUCCCUCCGUGAGCAGUCAUUGGCCAGGGAGCUGCCGAUCCAAACCGAACCUAACCAAUCCAGUUGUAAUCCAGCCUGACUCUGGCCUCCCGUGGACUGCCUAGCCCGCUCGUUUCCUAUGCCAGCAGCUUAGAGCCGCACUGUGUCUCAGGACUUCCCCAUCACAUCACAGCCAAAAAGACUCAAAGCAGAGAACGCACGUCAUCUCAGUCACAGUUCAGUUCGCAGGUCAGAUCGACAUCCCCUCACUCCUUCUUUUCGCCAUCUAUCAGGUUUCUCGCGCUUACUUGUGGCUAAAGGACGGUAAACAACGCGUUUGAUUAAACUUUUGGAAUCAGUAGGCGGAUUCAGUUACUUUUUUCUUUAACUUCAAGAAGUUAUGUGUGCGUUUAAGUGAGCAUGUGUGUAGCCGUGUUAAAAAGAUGAAGUUGUGCAGAGACGGCAUCUGUUUGCGCUCUGAUGCAGGGGCGUAACCUUGGAAUUCUGCCCCCACCACUGAAAGGUGGAUCUCCCUCUGGGUUUCCCAUUUUCGCUCUUUUUCCUUUAAAAAAAAAUUUGUUUGUUUUCUUUUUUAAAAAGGAUAUCCCACCGAAAGCUACGUGGGCGCACAUUUUGCCACACUAGUGACAGUGCUGCUCCGAUCGGGAAGAAGCACCACGUGCGGGUUCACAUUGCUGGGAAGAGAGUUUCCGAGGCUGAUUCUACCCUUUUAGUUAGCUCACACGGUUGUAUAUGAUAAUCCUGAUUACUGCAUCCUUGAUUUGCAUUCCUAUACCUUUUAUCAACUGAACUUUAUUUGCUUGGUCACACUGACUGACUGAAUGAUCUGUUAUGUGUGUCUCCGUCUGCCCCUUCCACCCACCACAUCGCAACCUCACCGUCACGUCUUCCUCGCCCUCUUACAGAAGCAACUAGCAGACAAAGUUAAGUCCAGUGAGUAAAACCAAACAGCACACUACCAGUAGUCCGAUCAUGUCAGAAACUCUUCCACUGCAGAUGUACAUCAGGUUCUGAGACCCUUAGAGAGACCCUUUGAAGUUCACUGAGGAAAAUGAUACUGUGUUAGAUACAAUGUGUCCCGACUAGACUUCAUUUCCAAUAUGUAGAGUUUUGUUUUCUUUCUUUUUCCCCCACACAGGCAAUGCAUGGAUCACAGAUAUAGAAAUUAUCCCCUCAGAUUUAGGGGGAAUCGUAUGAUAUGAAAAUACAAUUUGGGUUCACGGCCCAGUGGUCUGGCUAGUUUUGUCUUACUAUCACUGUAAUCAAUCUGGGAUUUGCAAACGAUUUGAAAUUACUGCAAGUGAGGAUAGUGUGCUUCUAGAGCUAGUCGAAUUGUUGACAACCCCACCCUCUUUCUCCUCGACC